GUUUUGAUUAUUGCAACGUUGAAAGGUUGAAAUAGGUAGCUAGCUGCCAAAUUAUUGUUCUUUAUGUGGGUUUUCUUUGUCAUAUUAACGCGCUAGCGCAAUAUCAGUCAAUUAUAAUUGCCUAGCUCAUGACUCUCUACACGUGUCGACAUGGACAACCGUUGUUAUUGUUGUGCAUCAAAGUUCAGUCUCUUCAAGAAAGAGCUGGGUUGUAAGAACUGUGGCCACUGCUUCUGCUCCAGCUGUUUGGCUUUCAGUGCUGUGGUGCCUCGCUGUGGCAACACACAGCAGAAGGUCUGCAAACAGUGCCAUGUUAAACUGACAAGCGGGGAAUCUCCAAACUGUGCUGGAAAAUGGUCUCCUCCUGAAAAUUACAAAAAACGGGUGGCUGCAUUUGAGGCCAAACAGAAGGGACAGCCGGCACAGCCUCUUGCACUUGGAGGCAAUAGAAACGUCAAGGCAAGCCAUCUACCAACCAGAGGCUUGACUAAAGAAGAUCAGGCUAUUGCUGAAAGACUUCAAAAGCUGAGGGAGGACCCUACGCCAAAGUGUCUCCCCUCUGAAAAAGAGCUUGAGUCUCGCCUUGCUGCAUUGAAAGCUCCCAGCCAGCCAGUGCCUUCUACAAGGGAGUUGGAAGACCGCUUAGCAGCUCUACAGGGUCAACCCCCACCUUCUCAAGCGCCUCCACCUGUGCACCAGCCCCCAGAUAACAGGACACAGACUGAACAAACCAAUGAUCUGAUUACUCAAAUGACAGAAGAAGUUGCCAUCGACAACCAGCAAUCAAAUCCCGAAUGCAGUGUAGAUGGCCGUAUGAAUGAUCUCAACAAGGGAGAGGGGGGAACAUUAGAUGAGAAUUUGGAGGAGAACCAGGAGGCGGUCAAGCAGCUGGAGGCUGAAAAGACCCGUCUGCUGGAGGAGGCCAUGAAGGAGCUGAGGAAGGAGCACCAUUCCCAGGAUCAGGUCCUUCACAUGGCCAAGAGGCUGGCACAGCUGAAGGGGCAAGACCCAGACAAGGUUACCAUGGAGGACUUUCAGCAUCCUGACAGUGACGAGGAGACUGAGGAAGAGGCUGUGAUGAGAGUGUUAAAACAGCUCUCUGAAGAGGCUGCAUUGGAUGAAGCCAGUGGCUACAACAUACCUUUAGAACAGAGUGGACCAAAGAACACAGAAAAGAAAAAAACCUCUAAGAAACCGGCUCCAGCACCCAAGAGCAGGACUUCACCAGCUGCUGUUGCACGGCAGCCGUCAGACAGUGAUGAUGACGAGCUUCCGUGGUGCUGCAUCUGUACCCAAGACGCCAGCAUUCGCUGUCACACCUGUGACGGAGACCUAUACUGCAGCCGCUGCUUCAGGGAGGGCCAUGAUAAAUAUGACAGGAUGGAGCAUCGCACCACUAACUACACUGCACCAAAGAAGAAGAGGAAGACAUGAUAGUGAGACUGUGCUGUAGUUGUUUGCCUUGUCAGGCUCUGGUCAGUCAUCACUGUUAGACUUGUGCUUUAGACUUAAGUGACCUAAUAUUGUUAAUAAAACAGCAUCUCAGAAGAUUUAAACACUACCUAUUAUCUAAAGCAAGCCAGAACCCUAACUUUAACCUCAAUUUAUUUUAUCCAAUCUGUCCAAAGUGGUUAGAAACAUGUUUGUGUCGACCACAGGAAAAGCAGCAUCUGCUUUCUGUUAUUGCUAACAGAUGAGCUUAACAAAUCAAGAACAAUGGAUAACAUGGCAAAGCAAAGACUAGAAAUGGCAUAAAUGUUAAUGUAAAUUAAAUAAAUGUAUAAUAAGAAAAACAUAGCACCUACUGUUUCUGUCAUGUAUAAAAAUAGAGGUAAGUAAACCUUGCAGAGGCUGCUAGACCAUGUUGGUAUUUUAGCAAAGCUUCUGCUCACUGAAAAGUUUUCAACUGUCCAACUGAAUAAGAGGCUUGAAGCCUGUUUCUUAUGUCACUUGUCCCACUUCUCAAAUGCAACAAAGACUCAUAUUAGAUGAACUUUGCACUUGUCACCAUUUGAUUUUUUUUUUCUUUUCAAUUUGACUACACAUUCAGAAAGCAGACACAUCAUGAGCUCAUCUGGAAUGAUGUACAAUCCCAGACUACUGUCAGCACUGGACUGAAGAAGCACAGAGGAGUCAGUAUAAAAGGAUUACUGAGGGCUUUGUUUUCUUUUGGCAGGCACUGCAGUCACUCUUGUAAUCUAUGUUUGGCUGCAAGUCUGACACGAGUAUUGCCUUUCUUGUCCUUGUGUGUAAUUUCAUUAUAAAGGAUGCAAAAGUGUUGGGCGCUUUGUCACAUCUUUAAGGAACGUUGCAUUUGAUUUUAGUUAUAUUUUUAACACUGAAGCCUUUUUCUUUUAUAUCUCUCUUUUUUUUCUUGUUCUUUUUUUUCAUCACGUGGGAAAAAGGUUGCAGGCUGGCAGGUCGUGUCAGAAGUAUAGUCUUACGGUGUGGAUGGCCUCUGUGUCAGAGCAGUAAGAGUGGAAGCGGGGGCAAACCAAGCAAAUUGCUAUAAUGGAGCCCUCAGCCCAAGACCUGUAUAUGACAGAAAGAAGGCCAGAGUGCAGUUUCAUCAGUGUGCAUUACUGUCAAGCUAACUGAGGAGAAACCAUAAUUACACUCUCCUCUGGGGGCUUGUUCCAUUAAGGUUUGUAUGGAGGCCUUACUGUGUUUGCCUUUUCUGGCCAUGUCAGACACGCACCACAGACAGGAAAUGGACAAGGAUAAUGGAUGCAUACUUAAUGGACCUUCCUGCCACUGUGUUUACUCCUAGACUUGACAUGUCAGUGUCUCCUUUGUUUCCAUCACUGUGUUGAAAAAUGUACGGCAGAAAACAGAAGCUUGUGUUCUGGGAACAAUGUGCUGACAGCCGUGCUUCAGCAAAGUCUUGUCUUUUGGACUUUAGGACAUAAUCAUUCUUUAUGAGCAAAUAAGUGUUUUAUAGCAGUAAUAAUGGACAAGUGUGUUAACAGGAUAGUUUAAUUGGUACUGUAAACUGAUGGGCGUAAUGGACAUGUCAAUAUUUGUAUACAUGGGAGGAAUAAUACCUGAUGAUACCAUACUGUUGGUCAGUCGCGUUGUUGAAAAUCAGCUGUAACCCUUUUUGACAGUUCAUCAACAGCCUUGUCUUGAAAAUGUUCCAUUUUAUUUCGACAUACAACACUGUUAUCAGAACAAAAAUGUUUUAUGUACAUAAAUAGGCAACCGAAAAUGUACAGUCUUGCACAAAAAAAAAGUCCGUCUGAGUAAUAGUCAAUACAACCUUUAUCACAUGUGCAUUGUUGGUAUGUUUAUG